AUGAAUCAAUGAGAAAAAAAUCAAGAAAAUAGAUCUCAAUCUCAAAGUUUGAAACAAAAAAAAAACUAAAACAAUUGUAAGUUUUAAAGAUAGAGCAAAGAGUUCGUAAGAGGAGGCACACAGAAAGUGUGCCUUCAGUACAAGACCUGUUGCCAAGUGACGAAAAAAUGCCUUCUCUGCCAGGAUCCAUCACAGAAAAUCCUGUAGACAUGGAUUCUAAAAAGGACGAUCCAGCUCAACAAUCUAAAAGAAAGAAAGAAUUGAACAACAGUAGGGAGAAUCAACAAGCUCCCAAAUAUGAUUGGUCUCAGACAGAAGAUAGUGUUACUAUGGUAUUGAAGAUAGAAAACAUAACAAAUGAGCUUUUAAGAGACAGUGAUGUUACAUUUGCAGAUAGUGAUGUGACAGUUAAACUUCCAGAUGGUAGAAAAUGGACAUGGCAGUUGUAUGGUGAAAUAUUUCGUGAGGACAGCCGUGUUAAAGUUAAAAAACGAAAAAUGAGUCUACAUAUGAAGAAAAAGAAGUCAGUCACAUGGUCAAAUCUUGAAAGUCUAGAUGUAUGUUUAACAUUGAAACAACCCACAGUAGAAGAACCUCUGCCAUCUCCAACAGAGAGCCUAGAACCAGCUUCAUCACCAAGUGUGAUGUCACAAUAUUCUGAUUCCCAGCUUCCUGCUUCAAGCAUUGCUGGUACCAAUCUUUCAGAGGAACCAAAUGUAACAACAGAUGACACAAGAAGUGAUGAUGUAGAAACAGAAAACAGCGAUUGUCCGAAAAAAGAAGAAGAGCCAGUGGUUGAGCUACAGUUAAUAAAACAUGAUUUCAUAGAAAAGGAUGAUGUCUUUAUUGUUCAUAUAUAUGUGAAAGGUGUGAACAAGGAUAACCUUAGUGUGAUGUUCGACAAGCGAAAUUUUAGCGUCAAGUUCCAGUCAAACCAUCCACAGUUUUUGAAACUUCACUCAGGAGCCACAGAAGAUACCAAAUUUUGCUGGCAAAUAAAACUUAGAGGGGAGAUAAUUCCUGAGAACAGCAAAUUUAAAGUCAACCAAUCUUGUAUUGAGAUUACCUUGGCAAAAUCUGUAUUUGGCAGAUGGGGUGAUCUGGAAGCUUUGAAAAGAAAAGAGACACCCCCAUCAUCAAAGUCAGACAACUGGAUGUCUGUGAAUUCUGUGUCUGUAAAGACGGACAGUAGCACAGACAAGGAACGUGAAACAAUGUACAGUGAAAUGAAGCAGAAUAUUGAGAGAGACAACCUGAAAGACAAGCCACCUGAUGGCGGCCUAACUGCCUCACCUGUUCAGAAACCAACAUGUAAAGUGCAGCCAUUGAAUAAACAGGUAGAAGAAAGAGAGCAGGUUGUACGGCCCCCAGGAUUCACUGGACUUGACAAUCUUGGCAACACAUGUUUUAUGAAUGGUGUUUUACAAUGUUUGGUGAACACAAGGGAGUUUAGAGACUUUUUUCUAGAAGGAAAGUUCCAGAAUGAUUUAAAUACAGACAAUGUUCUUGGUAGUGGUGGAAAAUUGGCAGUUUGUUUUGCUGUGUUAUGUAAAGUGCUUUGGUCUGGGAAGCAUUUUUCUUAUGCACCCUCCAAAUUGAAGAAUCUGGUAGCACAAAAGGCAAGUCAGUUUACUGGGUUUGCUCAGCAUGACUCCCAGGAAUUCCUGGCAUUCCUUCUUGAUGGACUUCAUGAGGAUUUGAACCGUAUAAAGAAGAAACCAUAUACAGAGACAGUAGAGGAUGGUGGGAGACCAGAUGAAGUUGUUGCUAAUGAAGCAUGGGAUAUUCAUAAAAAAAGAAAUGAUUCGUUUAUUGUAGAUCUUUUCCAGGGUCAGUACAAGUCCAAAUUGGUAUGCCCAGCAUGUGGAAAGGUGUCAAUAACAUUUGAUCCAUUCCUGUACCUGUCACUGCCAUUACCAAAGAGGCAGCGCUUGCUACCUGUCACUUUCAUGUGGAAAGAUCCCUACAGGAAACCUAUUAGGUAUAUGUUGAAGUUAUCAAAAGAAGCUACGGUAGAAGGUUUAAAAGAUGCUUUACAUCGUAAAACAGGAGUUGCUCCAAGCAAUAUACGAGUAUUUGAAGCAUAUAAAGGAAGAAUUCACAAGAUGUUUGUGAGGGGCUCAAGCCUUAGUCUUGUACAAGCGAAUGAUUGUAUAAUAGGGUGUGAGGUAUUGUCAGAAGAUGUCGCAGGCGAGCCUGUGUAUGAGGUUGCCAUUGUACAGAGAACACUGAUGCCGAAUCAGUUCCCUAGCAAAUGUAGCAGCUGCAAGAAAUUAUGUCCGGAAGGCUCGAAGCUGAAAAGAUGUACAAAAUGUUUCAAAGUUGGAUACUGUGACCAGACAUGUCAAAAGAACCACUGGAUGUACCAUAAAGGUCAGUGUAAGACAACACCUGAACCUGUUGGUACUCCAUUUAUUCUGAGUGUACCCGAAUCUCGUGCCACAUUCUCUAAGGUGUGCCAACUCAUGGAAGCUUAUUCCAGAUACUCAGUUGACGUCUUCCAACCUCCAGUGAAGCAAGAUACAACUCCAAAACUCAGUAGCCGCUUGUCCUCUUCCAAUCUCAGUAACAGCAGUCAAUCAAGUGGUAGUCAAAAUAGUCUUGAUAGCCAAUCGUCUUUCAGUAGCUCGUGCACUAUAACAGCCGAGCAGGAACAAAAUCUCGAAGAUACAGACUUGUCUCCAGACUGUGAUAGACUGUCCAUUGAAAAUGUUCAGUCAUUUACCAUUGGCAGUGACUCAGCACUUUCCGGUCAGACCGGUUUAAGUGUGGUGUCUGAUACCAAUCAAAACUGCCAGACUGGUGUUAUGGAAAUUAAUAAACCAGUCAUAGGAAAGGCAGAAAAGGAUAGUGUAAAUGUAACACAAAAGAGUGAUUCUGGGUUUAGCUCAAUGGUAGAUGUACACACCCAGGGAGGGACCAAUGGUUCUGAAGGGAGUAGAUGUGCAACAGCUUCAGGGAGUGAUAAGGGUCAGGAAAAAGAGUUUACCUCGCCUAUUAAGCCAGUUUUGGGGAUCCAGACAGGAGACACUGAGAGAUCUACUCCAAUGUUUUAUAUAAAACCAGUCAACUCAGAUGGUGUUGGUCUUACAGGGACUGAUGGGGAAAGGCUUGAUGACAAAGGGGAAGUCCCUCUCAAUUUGACAAAUAAGUUCUUCUUGUCAGUAGAUUGGAAAAAUAAUGACAAAUUACCUGGAUAUGUACUGGUUCAGUCAAAGGAGAUGGACUUUGAGAAUGACAGUAGUAUGAUGUCAGCUUCAUUAGAAGAGAGUCAUGUGACGUUAGAACAGUGUCUAGAGUUGUUCACAGAGCCAGAAAUAUUGAAUCCAGAAGAAGCAUGGUAUUGUCCCCAGUGUAAGGAGCAUAGGGAGGCAACAAAACAGUUAUCAACGUGGAAAUUACCACACACUCUGAUUAUACAGCUGAAGAGAUUUUCUUUCCGCAACUUUAUAUGGCGAGAUAAGAUAGAUAAAAUGGUAGAGUUUCCCACAAGAGGUUUGGACUUGUCAGCGUUCUAUGUGGGAAGUCGACCGAGUAAUGAACCUCCACCGAUAUAUGACCUUUAUGGGGUCGUCAAUCAUCAUGGGGGUAUUUUAGGCGGACAUUAUACAGCACAUGUCAGAUGUGCAGAUCUAUCACCUGGUGUAACUAGUGAAGUCGGCUGGAGACUUUGCGAUGACAGUCGGGUUUCAACAGUGAGUCAUGAAAAAAAUGUUGUGACUCGUGCGGCGUAUCUGUUAUUUUAUCGUCGGCGAGAGGUCUUUGUUCCUCCACCUCCGGUUGUUUCCGGUGAGUCUGUGGAGGAUGACGAUGAAUACCAGUCUGCGAGUUCCGAAAUUGAGGAGGUGUCAGAGUUGCCCGGAAACAUACAAGAGGAAGGUCAUGCAAGGUUGGUAAUUGACACAUCUAGGGAUACCGAAGAUUCUACUUGUAAAGAUGAUAUUGAGCUUGUGGAAGCAGAUUUCAGAGAAGAAAAGACUGUGACUGAAGGUGAACAAGUGACUGUUAUAGCAUCUGAUGAGGAAGAUUUAGGUUAUACAGACAUGGACUCAGUUGAUUAAAUUAGAUUUCUACUGUUUAAUAACAUACUGAAGAAACUAAAGUUUUAGUUAUUUACAAGCAGGAAAUAUUUACUAGCAGGAACAAAAAGACUUGCAGGAGGAUAAAUGAAAGGAGGGCAAUUCACUUCCUGUUGUUAUGAAAUAAUAUUGAGUGGUGUAUAUAUGUAAAAAUUCAAGCACAAUUAAGAAUUAGAGUUUCAUAAUAAAUUGGUUAUACCAGUUAUUGAAAUCCUUUUGUAGAUAGUAUUGUUAAUAAUGUUUUAAACUCAUAAUAGAAGGGAAUUGCUGUUUAAAGCAAGAUGAUCAAAACAAUAAGUCUUAGUUUAACUAUUAGCAAGAAUUUCUAGGGUCUUUAUAUUAUAUAGAUAGAUAUUGUUCUUGUGAUAAAUUUUUAAAUGUUUUUUUUUAGCAUAGCUAAAAGAUUUUGAAGUAAAACUUCAUUUGAAGAAGUAUAAAUUGAGGACCAGCCCUAGGCAAUGUCAUUAUUUUCUAAAAGAGGUCAUGCAGUUUUCCUUGGGACAUAUUUCUUUAUUAUAGUAAUUAUAAUAACAAAAGUUGUCAAAACUAGGUUGAAUUUGAAAAAUGGUUUAAUUUAGAGUAACAAGUAACUAAAUAAAUUUUUUAAUAAAUUGAUGAAAUUUGGAUUGUAAAUUGGUAAUAUGGAGAUUUUUCCUUUCCUUUCUGAAUUCUAUAAAUGGAUUUGCACUGCUUACAGUUUUAAACUGUUCUUAGCAAUUUGAAGAUAUCAAGAUAUAAAUUUAGUCAACAAUAUAGAGCCUGGUCAGACUGGAGGGAUAUAAAAGCAGGCAUGGGGUUAAACUGGUGGUAAAGGGAAACUACUCUCAUUUCCAGCAUGGUAAUGAGUUACAGCAAAUUAUUUUGCUUUUCUCAGGUCAGGUCAGAACUCUUGUUACUUUGACAAGGUUUGAUAUGUGAAACUUCACAUAACUGAAACCAAAAGUAUCAAGCCAGAUUAAUUUCACUUUUAAUCUUGGCACAUGGUAAUGUGAAGAUUUGAACAUGUUUUUUAUUUUGUUUAUAUUAUGCUAUCAUGUAUGACCAGUUAGCCUGCUUGUUACUUAUUCUACCCAUGGGACUUGAACGUCUGCUGCCUAAUCAUGAUCUGCUCUGUUUGCUAUUAAGUUGGUACUUAUUUUUAAAUUUUUUCCCUAAAAAUGAUAAUUGGUUUUAUCAAGAUUGAAAGAUUAACAAGUUCGUUUAAGAUAAGUAGCAUGGUAAUGGUUGUAAAAGCAUGUUAAGAAAACAUUAUGAAAGUAUGCUAAAUAACAAAAAAAUGUUCAAGUCAAGUGACUAAAGAUAGCCAUAUGCUCCUUUUUUACAUGGAAAUUUUGUUACUUUCAUGUUAGGAAGCUAUCCAAUUAGCUUAUGGAACACCAGUGAUUUUACUCAGGUGCCUGUUCGCGCCUGAAAUAAUGCACAGAGGGGGCAUCUGACGUCUUUCUCCCCCUCCCCCCAUAAAAGAAUUACUUUUGUCAUUAUAUCAAAAUAACCAAAGAUAACUCAUACUCAAUAAGUGUCAGGCUAGGGUGAUGAAAAGAGUAUAUUGAGUCAUAUUUGUUGUGAAACAUUCAAAAUGUUACACAAAUCAUGAAUACAUGAGCAUUUCAUGAAUUAUUUGUAUAUUUCCAGUAAUUGUACAUGCUGAAAUCAUCAGAUAUAGCUCUGAAUAUACUUUUUACAAUGCAAUAUUUACCUCCUUUGGUCACCAUUUUGGGGGUCAUUCGUAAUUUAUCUUGUGGUUCAGAUUAGAUAAAAAUCUCUCAUAAUUCUAUCAUCUAUAUGAAAACUCAUAAAAUCUUUUACAUAUUGGUGCUAUGAUAAUAUUGAGCUGCAUAUGUUUAAAACAAUUUGACGCAAUGCACAUAAAUUGGCUGUGUAUAUUGAUUUUUUUAAAUAUUUUGUCAAUUGUAUUAUAAAGAAUAUUGACCCUCCCCCC